CCCUUUCUUCUGUAGUGCAGUAAUAAGGUAGGAUCGAUCAAGAACAUGAACAUCAACCUAGAAAUUGGGUUCAGAUUCCUUCCACCUGAUGAACAAAUCAUCAGUUUCUUCCUCAAGAAUAAGAUGAUCGGUGAUCAUAAAACCACUCGCCAUAUCAGAGAGGUCGACCUCCUCAAGUAUGAGCCCUGGCAAUUACCUGCCGUGUCUUUAGUACAGUCUACAUAUCCAGAGUGGUUGUUCUUCUACAAACUCAACAAGAUUUCCGAGAAAAAAAUGGACAGGUUAACCAACUCUGGGUUCUGGAAAUCAACGGGUGCGGAUCGGCCAGUGAGUUAUGGAGGUAGGCAGAUUGGUACCAAGAAGACUUUGGUUUUUUAUACGGGGCGUACCCCUAGUUGUGUCAAAACCGAUUGGGUCAUGCACGAGUUCCGCGCCAAUUCCGACUUCCUUCCUCAUAAUGCGAAUAAUAGUUAUGUGGUCGGCUACUUGAGGAACAAUGCUGCUGAGAAAACUGAAAACUUGAUUUCAAAUGUCGGUCAGACAAGUGCACAUUUUGCGGCUUCUAGUUCCCCCAAAGAUGCUGUUUGGUUUACGUCUAUGGAGGUGGUUCGUCAACCGCAGUCCGAGAGUAUGGAUUAUGAAAUGGCUUUGCAGAUGCAGAUGCAGAUGGAAGAUGAGGGAAUAUUUGCUUCUGAUCUCUCACCAUCCAGGGGCACACAUGAUCUCCCUCCAGCCAGUGUCAAUAAUGAGCAGAUCAUGAUUGAAGAAGGCAUCUCCUUUGAGGAUCUGGAUUUCCUACCGCCUGAUGCAUUGGUUGAUGAAGAGCAAAAUGAGUGGCAACUUCAAUUCGACACCAUUGAGGAAGAAAGGGAAUUCAUGGAUUCUUUCUUCAGUAACCAAGAAGAACAUACCAAUGUAGAGGCUGAGCACAUAUAUUGCCUUGAUUACAGGGCAACAGACUAUGCUGGGAAUAGACACGACACUGACCCUAAAUGGGACAAUGCAUGGUGUGAUCAACUAGUUCAUAUGCCUGAUGAAACUCACCAUGGCCAUUCGGAAGGACUCAAUCAGAAGCGAAUGGAAACUGGUGUUCAUCAUGAUGAGAUCCUGAUAAUGGAUUCCGGGGUUGAAUCGGCAACAGUUACAGCCUAUGAGAUCAAUGGUCUUGAAUCGGUCAAGGAGGAAAGGUCAGUUAUCUCAAGAGCCUGCAAACCUGAGCCAAAAUCCCACAAGUCAGUGGCACAGGGGUAUCCAAGAAGAGUCCAAUUACAGGGUAAAUCUUCAGGGAAAGUAGUGUCCAGAGACAGGACCAGAGAGAGUGGCAUACAUAGUCCUGUUGUUCAGCCAGUCCAAAACAAGAAAUCAGUUGUGCAAACCAACAAAAGCCCUAAAAUGGAUCGGGACAGGAAUACCAAAUUGGUCUUGAACUCAAGAUCUGAAGUAUCGGCUGGCAACAGUAGGAAAAAUUCUUUCAAUUUCGUGGAGAUGUCCCAGCUAAGGGGCAAACGGAACCCACCAUCAGUAUAUGUUAGAAAUGUGAUAGUAGGCUCUAUUUUGUUCAUAUUUGUUGUUUGGCAAGUUAUGUUUAUUCGAUAGUUUUAGAGUUGUGUGUGAAUCUAGCAUUACAUUAUGGUAAGACACGCAUGGUUUAGAUCGCUAUGCUUGUGUCUCAUCUGUGAUGGAAAUAGGAACAAUGAUCUUAUAAAGACUUGUCCUUA